AUGAACCGCUGGUACGACCAAUUCCGGACAGAGCCUCUGUCUGCGCCCGCAGAUAUCAGCGACGCUCAAACAUGGCCGCGAAUGCCAAUGACCCCAUCUACAACUACUCGAGCCCGCGACCCGAAUGCUCCCGAUUAUCGCUACCAGGUCAACCAGAAAUGUGUUUAUGAGCGCCGCCUCCCUGGAGGCUCGUACAUCACCGCCCACGUCCAACGUCUUCAGUCCGGUUACUAUGACAGCCCAGUAAUACAUGAGGACACCAUUGACAAUGUCCGCUUCGUGGCCAUCAACUUUGUAUUUCAUCCGAGCAGUACAACAUUUCGCUUCAAGUGUGCUGAGAUACGAAUUGCACUUCAUCAUAGCAGGGAGGAUACCCUGAGUCCAUUACAGGUGGUCGCUGGUGCCGCCCAAAGGCACACAAGUCAUGACCAUGGCACUCAGACAAUGUCUAGCUCGUUGAUGAGAAAUCCUAGUUUGCACUCACGCUCUGAUCCAAGAGCAUUGCCGCCCAAGUUUCUUCGCCACGCUCCACACUUGUUGUACGGGUCUAUCAGUCCGGAGACACUGAACUGGAACUUCAAUCUAGCUGGAAGCCUUGGUGUAUCACAAGGGCCUGCAUUGGCGUCCAUCAAGCCUUCUUAUGGUGUGAAAAGCAGUUACAAGGUGUAUGAAAUGAUGAAGAUUCAAGGCUCGGUCAGGACGUUGAGGUCCUGGUACAGUCAUGAGUACGAUAUUGAAGACGGCGAGAUGGUAUGGACUCUCGAAGAAAACCGCCUUCAAAAAUCUGGACUACCACGAGAGUUCACUUUCGUUAUGCUAUUGACCAAAGGGAGUGGGGGGUUUGAAGAAUCUGGUGAUGUGAAGCUCGAAGUCGACAUUCAACCUAAGAUUGCAAGCUUUCCAGAAUUUAUCAGCAAUCUGCAUAGAUACCAGCCCCUCCAGACUGGGAUUCUUGAUCUCGACCGUGAUAUUGGCCAGGUAUUCGAGCCUCAAGUCAAGGGCAAGGGGUUCAACUUCGCCAAUAUCGCCACUAGUUUCGAUGAUUUCGUCUAUCUCCCGGGUACAACUUAUUCGAAUUCUGAUACAGGCAUGUUUCAACCGACCACAAACGUGGUGAUGCAAUCACAGCAUCAGAAACCUGUGAGGCCACGGCCAUCUCUUCCUCUUGGCGAUACCACUCUCAAUCUGCGUGUGUUCCUCGAGUCUUCCCGGGAUUUGCCAAUUCAAACCAGCAAGCCGAAUCCCUCGUGCAUCAACCUCAAGGCUCCAACGCGGACAAUAGGUCGAACGCCAUCACUACUUCCUCCUUCUGUUGUCGGCUCUUCCAAUUCGACUAGACGGACGAUAACGAUAUCAGCUAGGAGAUCUGUGCGCAAGCAGCGGUCUCGAUCGGAGCUCUCAAAGGAAUACCACUCGCCUUCAGCCGGGCGGCAGACCCUACAGCAAACAGAUGAUGAUACGCCAACAUCAAAAGAUUCGACAGCUCCUGUCCGGUCGAUACAUUUUUCUUACCAGGCAGGAUGCCGUGACCAUUCCAAUGGUCCAGUAGGCAAUGCUAAGCAAGAAAAACUCAUAGCCACGCCGCCCGAAGCAGGUCUUGACUCAAGACCAGAGUUCAAAACACAGCCUUUGCACACCAGUCAACGUAUGAGACAACCACUACAGCUUGGUUAGCAGGAAAUUGGAAGUCGAGGGGCUUCAAUCCACCUCUCUUUUAGGAACUUUCAUGACCACACCUGUGGCCUGGCUUCUGCUGCAUCCAAAUAACUUGGCU